AUAACAACAAAACAUCGACAUGGCGCGGGUAAUUCAUUCGGGUCGAAAGCCGAAACAAUGGAUAGAGUCGUUAUUUUGGUUGAUAUGGACUGUUUCUAUGUCCAAGUAGAACAAAGAUGCGAUCCGAACCUGAAAGGAAAACCUGCUGCUGUUGUCCAGUAUAAUUCAUGGAAGGGCGGAGCAAUAAUUGCAGUGAGCUAUGAAGCAAGGAAGUUUGGUGUAACCCGUCAGAUGCGAGGUCGGGAAGCUCGACAAAAAUGUCCAGACAUCCAGCUUGUUACGGUACCUGAGAAAAGGGGAAAGGCUGAUCUUACAAGAUACAGAGAAGCAGGAGCAGAAGUAAUAACAGUCCUGUGCAAGUACAGCGAUAGCGUUGAGAGGGCCAGCGUGGACGAGGCCUACGUUGAUGUCACAGACCAGGUCCAGACAAGGCUGGCCCAGAUGGAGAACCAAGGUCAGGUCCUUGAUCCUGAACAACUGCCUCAGACGUUCAUUGCUGGUCAUGAUGUCGCUGAAGAGGGUGUUGAUAUAGAAGACGUGCGAAAGAGAGGACUAGAAACCUGGCUAACCUCAUCAGACUUAGAAAGAAAGAGACUCGGCGUUGGAGCGUUGAUUGCAGAGGAAAUGAGAGCAGCAGUUUACAACGAAUUAGGAUUUCGGUGUUCUGCUGGCAUAUCACAUAACAAGAUGCUAGCCAAGAUAGCAUGUGGAUUCCACAAACCAAAUCGACAAACUGUACUGCCACCCGAAGGCUUGGAUAAGGUCUUCAAGACUAUUUCCAUCCGAAAAUUUCGUAAUCUUGGUGGAAAGCUAGGUCAUUCUCUAUCUGAAGACCUAGGAGUGGAGUACAUGGGUGAUCUUGUACCCUACACAGAAAAACAGUUACAGAAGAGAUAUGGGGAAAAAUCUGGUACGUGGUUGUAUGGUAUAUGUCGAGGAAUAGACGAUGAGCCUGUUAGACCUCGUCAGCUUGCCAAAUCAACUGGCUGCAGUAAAAACUUCACUGGAAAGAAUGCAUUGGAUACAAGAGAAAAGGUCAAGUACUGGUUACGUUCUUUGGCAGAAGAAGUUGAACACAGGUUACAUAGAGAAGAGGAAAUGAAUAAUCGUAUAUCCAAGCACUUGACAGUGUAUGUCCGCCAGGCUGGUAACCCUCCAACCUCGGCCAGUAGGUCUUGUGGUGUCCAUCAGGUCAACAGUGAGAUGAUCGCCAAGGACUGCUUAGCUGUCAUACAGAACCUCAACCGCGCUGGCAACCAUCAGGCAGCAUGGUCCCCUCCCGUAAUAUGUCUUGGUAUAUCGGCUUCUAAGUUUGUGGACGGAGGAAGCACCAAGUCAGGUUCAAUUCAAAGCUUCUUAUCGCCUGCAACAAGCAAACCGGCUACAACACUACUGCUAAACGAAAGUCCAAAGACCACACAGGAUCAGACGUCUAAGAGAACACUUGACAGAUUCCUCACUCAGUCAAGCAAAGACCCUAAGCUGGAGAACACAGUAGAGCAAUUUGGCUGUGAGAUUGUGGGGGAUCAACAAGAGAGGAGGAAGUCCAACCCCAAAGACCAGGGGAUCAGGACGUUCUUCCAGAAGAAAAGGACCAGUGAUGAAAAUGAUCCAAGGGGUUCUUCUGUAGCAUUUAUGGCAUCGCAUCAGAGAACCAUGACUUCGGUAGAAAGAGACAAAAGCAUGAUUCAUCAGGAUUCAAAGGCAACAUGUGUCUCUGGAAUGACCAGAAAUGAAGGUGCCAAUGGUGAAUCCCCAAAGGCAGGAUCCAGUCAUGGACAGUCAUUCUUCGCCAGAUUGCAGCAAAAGAAAGACAAAGAGAUUCAGGAAAAAAGAAACAGAUCUUUGAGACUAGGUCAGCCAAUCACCGAUUCUGCAGGAGAAGCUACAAGCUCGUCUCAUUUAGAGACAGGCCCAACUGGAAACAGAGCUGGUUGUUCCCAUCAGGUGGAGGAUGAAGACAUUGAUGGAGAUGCUAAUCUGUUUCCUGAUUUCUCAAGUGAUGAGGAUUUUGAGGUAUCCCAUGCCUCAUCUUCAAAAGGAAGAGUAUUGUCUUCCAGCGUUUCAGAACUAACUAAUAGACAUUGUUAUGGUGCAAAUCAAGGGCAUUUUAGUGAUGAAACAGGAAAGGGGAAACAAAAUAUAGCAGGGACAUUAGGGUGUAGCGAUGACUCUGUCCCGGUGAAGGCUGAACCAGCCAGGACACCAGGUGAGGAUGAGAUCCUCUGCGAGAAAUGCCAUCAAAUCAUCUUAGUCUGGGACUACCCUGAACACCUAGACUUCCACAUGGCCCUAGAACUUCAGGAACAGGAUCAAGCAGAGGCCAGGAACACUGUACCAAGGCCUGGGCAAACAAAUGGGACUAAGCCCAAACCUUCAUCUAUCAUCAAGAUUGGGAAGAAGAGAGGAAGGCCGCCUGGGUCAACCACUAAGAAUAAGAAGACAAAGCAGGGUGAUGGUCAUGGAAAUGGACCGGGGAGCAGUAGUCUAAAAAGUUUUUUUAAACCAAAAUAAAGCUCCAAUUAUAAGUGAAUUUUUACACAAUAUUCAAGUUCAUGUCUGCAUGUCUGGUCCAUAGCCUAAACGGCUUUUUCAAACAAAAAUGAAAUUCCAGUUGUAUGUAAUUUCUCCCAAUAUUCAAGUCGAUAUCUGCACACUGCCAUGGACAACUUUCAAUCUGGUUCGGUCCAGGGAUAUAUAUUUUUUUUAAUGUGAAGUUCAUAUUGAAUUUCAGAUAUUUAUAGAUGAGUCUGUAUAAAUCACAAUGUUUUUGUAAGAAAUUAAAUCUGGUUGACUGGAACAAUAAUAAAUUUGUAUUAUAGUAUAGGACAUGUAGUCAUUUAUCUAUUUAUUGGGAUGAAUCUAAGUAACUAUAUCAUGUCUAUCACAAGUAAUGUGUAUUUUUUAUAGUUUGCCAUCAAAGAACUUUUUUUGAACAUGUAGAUGACAAUAAAAAGUCUGAAGUGCAAUAGCAAGCUAUUGUGGUCUGGAAUCAUGUGCAUUAUCUGCACAGAAAAUAAAAGAAAUAUGAAUCUAUGUUUGGUAAGAUACUUACCAAUUUAUUCAAAUUCAGUGAUUGGAAAUUCAAGAGAUUUUCAUGUAUCAAUUAUGUCAGUGCCAUACAAAGUUAAAUCAUAACAGCAAUUAAAAUUGGAUGGUUGAAAUCAACUUCUUAAGAUAAGACUGAUUUAUAAUACUUCAGUUCAGAUUUUUUUUCUCUUUCAAAAACAGUGAUUUUAUUCACUUCAGAGUUAUGAUGACUGAAGAUGUACUGCCAAAGAAAAUGAGUCAUUUCUACAUAUUGAUCGGGUAUUAUGUAUUGCACAAAACUUUUUUAAGUUUGGAGACACAUUGUCAUUCAAGCCUGAUGAACUUUUGAAUGUGAACAUUUCAUCAUGCUCACUUUGUUUGCAAUACUCUGUCAAAAUAUCGGACAAUUUUAGUAGAUUAUCACAAAAAUAUUUCAUUUGAGCAAUUGUCUUUUAUCCCUCAUAGACGCCCUUUUUUGUCACAGUAGUUUCUAUAAAAUCUUAUAGAUAACAAAGACUUAAAGAGGGUUUAUUAAGUGACAAUUUCUGAAGAUUUUAGAAGUAUACAAUCUGGCAACUGGUGGAGGGAUGAAUUUUGACUGCAGGUAGUUGAGGAUUAUAUAAGUUCCAAUUUGGACAAGUAUUGAUCAUAUUGUGCAGCAAUUGUGGCACACAAACAACUUAACAGUGACAGAGAACCAUUGAUACUACGCCAGAAAUAAUGUACCAAUCAUAACAAAAAAAUAAUCUUGGUUCAUGAGAUGUUUGUAAGUUCUGUUUUGUUCUAUUUUGAAAGUGAAAUACGAUUAUACAAAAUAUAUUGAGAUGUAUGAUAGUAAAUUAAAUGAAAAUACAAAUACAAAUUCUUCUAUGUAUUGACUAUUGACCUAAUGCAAGUUAUGUGUAUCUCUUGGGAAUCUAUUAUUAAUUUGCGAUAGAUAAAGGAACAAAAUAUUAAAUUUCCUAGAAUUUUGUCUAUUUAAUCAAAGCUGGGCUUUGAAAAAUAUUUGGUCAGACCUGAUAUUAAUAUUUUUGGAUUUGGACUGUCUUACUCGGUAGGGUUCUCGGGGGUUGGUCUACUUGGAUCAACAUCACCCUGGUUCUAUACACAUGUAGUUGGAACAUGUCCAGAAUAUGCAAGUAGGAGCCAAAAUCUUGUCAAUCGUUCCUUAUAAAGAUGAUUGACCAAGACCCCAUCUGACAAAGAGUUGUCAUUGAUCCGAUCAAUCGUAACUAUGGAAAGCCAGUAAUAACAACAUCUAGACUAUUAAUUCAGUGUUUUCCAAGUGUAUUUCCAAAUGUAUGUGCUUUUUGUUUCCAAAGGGAUAUAUAUACAUUUCCUGUGUAAAGAAUUAUGACAUUGAUGGAUUUCCAUAGUUUAGAUUGAUUUUUUUUUUUAAGUUGGAGUCCUCCUUAGACCGAGCAAGCCCCAAAUGAGCUUGAUUAAGUUGGCCGAUUGACAAUGGGAUCACAUACUGGAAACCCUGCCUUUUGAAAAAUAUAUUAAUAUAUAAAUUAUUGAUGAAUAUUUAAUCAAUUAGAAAGGAUAAUGUUCAGAAGUGUAUAUUAUAUAUCACUUAGUGAUUAUUCAUUUAGUGAUGAAUUCAUUGAUUGAUUUAUAAUUUCAAUUUAAUUUAUUAUUUAAAAUAUGAAUAUAAAUACAUAUAUAUAUAUAUAUAUAUAUACAGUACCUAUAUAAUUUGCUCAAUUUACUGGAGAGAUGUGUGGUUACUUGCAGUGUUUUCUUUAGUGUAUUUGAAUUAAUUUAAUUAAGCUAUAAUUUUUGCCCAUAUUUGAAUUUUGAUUCAUGAAAUUAGAAGACUUAUCUUCUUAUAAUAAUAAUAAGGGUUGGAUAUUUUUUCAAGUGAAUAAUAGUCAACAAUGUAGUGGUUGCUCUGGCAUAUAUUGACAAGAUAAUAUAAUUGGAGAUGUCAGAUAAAAUUAUCUUCAGUUUCAAAAGAGUUUGAUUUAUAGGUUGCAUGUGUUUGUUGAAUGUGUGCUUGUAUUGUCAGAUGAGAGACCGCAAUUAGUAAAGGUUUAUUUCAAAUUGGUCUAAUGCCAAUUUGUCCAAUUACCAACUCGUCUACUAUCAUUUGGUCUACCAUCAGUUCGUCCACUAUCCACAUAGUCUAAUUGCCAUUUUUGUCCACUCACCAUUUCGUCUAAUAACCAGUUGGGUCCAAAAGCCAUCUAGUCUAUGUAUACCAUUUGGUCUAAUUUCAAUUAGUGUUAACUGGGCGAAAUGGAUGUAAAAGAAAUGAGUAUUGGACCAACUGGUUUUAGACGAAACGGUUAUAGACGAACUGGUGAUAAGACAAACUGACUAUUGGACCAAAUGGUUAGACGAAAUGUUGAUGGACAGAAUGGCAUUAGACUAAAUGAAGGUAGACCAUGUGAUAAGUGGACGAGUUGGCAAUUUACCUUAGUAAAUUCUGAGAAUGGUCCUAGGAAACUUGACUAUUAUCCUCGAAAUUCUAACAAUGAAUUUAUGAAUUAUUCUGUCGACUGUCCGAGGGUGGGGGAUCAAUAGAGGUAGAGAUGGUGUGCUACUACACAAUUCCACGAUAUCAUUUAUUAAAAAAAGUUCAUUAAAAAUGUGAUUUAAUCACACUAUUUGGAGUAGUUACUCUGUUUAGAAUAGUUCCUUUGGUGUAUAUAUUGAUAUUGUUUGUGUGUGCCUGAGUCACACUUCCAUCGAUGUUCAGUAUAUUCAUCUUAAAUUCAUGAAAGAUACAUUCUUCAAUUACACUAUUUCACAAACGAUAAACAGACAGCUUAAUUUCAAUUUUCAUGAACACAAUGGUAUUUAUUGAAAUAUUUGUUUACAUACAUAAAUUAUUCAAGACACAUAUUUUUUUCUUUUUCUUAUGAAACCAGGAAUAGCACACAGCCAGCAACAAAAAAUAGGAGUACAAAAAUAAUAUCAAUUGAAAAGAUAACACCCUAUCCAAAAACAAAAAAUAAAACACGGCAUGGCAAGUCAGAAUAUUGCAAUAAAAGUCAAUCAAUGACUUUCGUAAGAAUGGCAUAUCUGAAAGAAUAAAAAUUAUACAUUUGAAAAUGACUUUACAAAUCAAAUAAACAUUUUUCUGACUUGUUUGUUGGAAUCUAUUUCAAUAUUCAAUGAGUUUUUCAAUAUUCUGAGUUAAUUAUAAAUUAGUAAGCAUUUCAAAAAUAGGAAAUGUAAUAUAAUAUUUAAUCAGCCUUGUGUGUGUCGAUUUUGUGACGUCAAAACAUUGCAAAAUCUGAAAGUCCUUUCAGGACCCGAGGAUAAUUAUUUAUUUUUUCCCCCAUAGGCGGAUUUGGCAAUAAAAACGCAUUCUCCACAGACUCCAGACCACAUACAUGCAGACUUGGAGUGCAACAGCUUAAUCAAACUUACAUUAGCUCCUGUAAAUGUGACUUUUGAAAAAGUGACUGUUUUCAUAUAAAUCGCAUUAAUAAUGUCAAUGAUGCAUAAUCCCGUGAUUAUAGUCUGAAUGUAAUAAUAGAAAACAACAGCCUUUCCUAUAACCACGUGGUGUGAAUUUUCUUUGGUGCACAAAUUUGAGAUUUUUUAAAGCAGCAAAAAAAUACAUGCAUUUAAUAGGGAAGGAUAUGAAAAUAGUUAAACAUAGUCUUAAAGAGGAUGGAUUAUAACUGGGCGUUGUAAUUAUCUUUUUUAUGUUCAAUUGAAAUUCAAGCCCAACACAAUGGGCCAUUGCAGCAAAGUUGAAUUGCGAUUGAACGAAAAUCAAAUGCAAAUUUGCAUUUAUUUUAAGGGUCUGUGUGCUUGAUAUCUUGACUUGUGCUUGAUUUGGAAUUGAACGUAAAUUUCUCGCAACAUCCAAGAUUAUGCUCAUAGAUCAUGUACCCUAAAACACAGAAACAUGACAAAAGGAUUGUUAGCCUCAUGAUACAAUAACCAUCGGGACAAGCGGACUGAUAGAAAUAUAAGAACGAAGGGUUGGGGGAAUAUUUCUACAAGUAUAAAACAUAUGUUACUUUUUAUAUUACUUCAAAAAACAUACCCCAGUCCAGCUGAAGCAAAGAUAAUCAACAAAUACACAGUAUUUCAUCUCUUUAGAGUCAGAAGUUCAUAAAUAAAAUCAUGUCUUGAAAUACAUUUAAUGCCAUUAAGCCAUCAGAUAGAUCAAAUUCUCCACCGCUAAUAUACAGAUAGUCCGAAAGUCAGUUUUGUAGGCUCAUGGUCAUCGGACAUGUGCUAGGCAUAUCCUUGGUUGCAAACUUGGAGCUCGAAUCUGUCAAUUUAUGAAUUUCAAGGAUGCUUAUUUACAUGUUAAACUGAUAACCGGAAUUUUAAUAGUUUAUCGUGAAAGAUAUAUAAAUUGCUCCCUCAAUUUCAUUUUUUAAACACAUAUUUCCAUCACUUCAAAUGCCACCCCUGAUCAAAUAUUUCUUUGUUGGACAAAGUGGGCAGCAGUUUAGUUUAGUUUUUUUUUUCCAUAAAACUAAUGAACUUCAUCAUGUCCAAUUUGGCAGAUUUGAAAUACUAAGCUGGACAAAAGAUUUAUACACAUUACUAUGAAAUACAUUUUCCCCCUCAAAAAAUAGUUUUACAUAACUAUAUGCACCCUCUAUUGGUAUUCAUAUGCAAUGCAUGUUUUGUAGCACAAUAAAACUUAUAAAUAUUUCUUACAAUAUUGCAUACAUACAUUCUUCUAGUAUUCUUGGAGUUCCAUAUUUUUCCAAGUCAUUUUGUUUUUAGAUAUGUACAUCAGUAUAAAUAUCAUCUGACUUGGAAAAUUGGUCCUAUAAUUACUAUUUCUACAUCUGGAAAUCAAGAUUUAAACAGGAAUUUACAAAGGUGAGUUAAAUUUAAUCCAUGGUUUAUGCAAAUACAUGUGAAAUAGCACUUUACAAUUUAGCACGUGCAAGAAAGUGGAGGGGGUCAACUACCCUGCCCCACUCAUUUUCAAACAAUCAAAGUGUAUAUGAAAUUGUUACAUUUUAAUUUUAAAAAAAUGUUUUUGUUCUAAGGAUAGUGACUCGACUCUCUCCCUUCCGUGUUUUCAAAUAUUCUACAUAUUCUUGCCGCCGCCCCCCCCCCCCACAUCUCCAGAAAAUGUCUGCAGACAGCCACAGACUAGAUAUAUUAUAAAUGCAUGCAUUUAGCACAGGAUGCAUUCCUUCUUCCCAUAAACAGAUUGAAGCAAAUUAAUCAAUUGGGUUGGAUAUAAGAAUCCAAGUUCAAACCAUGAAUCAAAUUUUGCUUCUCUUAACAAAAUCCAACCAUAGGAUUUAAGCUGUAUUUCUUUCUGGAAUGAAUUCACAUUAUUUGAUUAUUAACAUGGUAUCGUUCUGAUACAUAAAUAGUCACAUUGGCAUGAUUUACAAAAAAAAUGAUAAAUAAAUAAAUCCCAACAUUAGAAAAAAAAGGAUUUUAUUUCCUUUUCUUUAAUCAGAUCUCUGUGCUUUUCCCUGGCCAUUCAUCUCCAUGAAGAUACUAACUGUAACCCACCUACGUUAUUCAAUUUUUGUCCUUCAAAUUUU